AUGAUUUUUCUUAAAAGGAAGUGCAGAAGCUGAACGACUUGUUCCUCAAGAUAUCUGGGUCAAUUUUUUUCACGAGAAAUCAAGCAACACAAAGACUCCCGCGAUCUUCCCAAUCUUUCUCACAACUCUCUCUCUCAAGAUUUGUAGAUCAGUGUGAUCUUUCUGAUGGCAACUGAACCGAAGGCAGGUACUGAGGAAGUGAAAGUUGACCUCUUUGAGGAUGACGAUGAGUUCGAAGAGUUCGAGAUUAAUGAAGAGUGGGAAGUCAAGGAAGGUAAAGAAAUUACUCAGCAGUGGGAAGACGACUGGGACGAUGACGAUGUGAAUGACGACUUCUCGUUGCAACUUAAGAGAGAAUUGGAGGACAAUGCUGAGAGAAAAUGAAUAGACACUUAGGAAUCUUAUUCAAUCAGGAAUGUACCAAAAACUUCAACCAUUAUGAACUUUCUUCCUAAUAUUGAUGCCCAUUCUUCCAUAAUAUUUGAAUUUUCUUCCUAGUA